GCCUUCUUCUUAUCAUGGCUGCUUGCGUUCUGCUCGGCAGUGGGAAUGGCAGUGGCUGUGGUAGCAGUAAUAGCAGUGGCAGCGGUCGAUUAGGUAGCGGCGCCGGCAUUGACGACGACCGCCACCACCUCCCGGACGAAAAAAUGGUGAGGAAGAGAACUGCGUCUGAUCUGGAUCUCCAAAUCCGCGAUUGUCAAAGAUUCUCUCGACGGGCCCCCAAUCCCUUGGCAGACAUAGAAAUCGACCGUUCUUCCAUGGCUUUCCAGCACCCUAACAUUAUUGCCUCCGUGGAAAAUAACAGCAUCUCCAAUCCCGUUUCCGUCCCCAACAACAACCAGUUCUCCGCUAUGUUACCUUCCCCCACUGAUUCCAAUCUCAUGUCAAGCGUUUCUGGGUUUUCUCCCAACCUUACCUACUACCUUGACGCCAUUCACGCUAUUCCGCCAUCCACCGCGGCCGUAUGUGGCUUCUCUGGUCUGCCCUUGUUCCCAUCCGAACGAGACCGAAACAACGCCGGUGCUGCCACCACCAACACAGCCACUAUCUCCGGCGGAGAAACUGGGCUCCUACUCCCUGCCCCUACCGGCCCUUCUCCCAUGUACGGCGACCCCACAACCACAACUGCAACAGCUACGGCUUGGAUCGAUAGCAUCGUAAAGGACCUACUCCACAGCUCCGCCGGUGUCUCUAAUAUUCCUCAGCUCAUCCAAAACGUGAGAGAGAUCAUCUAUCCUUGCAACCCAAACCUCGCUACUCUCCUUGAGCACAGGCUUCGCUCGUUGACGGAGCCAGCGGUUGCCGAUAAUCAAGUGCUCGAGAGGAGAAGGAAGGAGGCAAUGUUUUGGCAGCGGCAGCAGCAGCAGCAGCAACAGAUUCAAACGCAGGUGCAAGGCUCUUCUGGGCUUAGGCUCUACAUCGAAAACGUCUCAUCUUAUCCCGUAUCAGAUUCUUCGCCACAAGCUCAGCAUGCGAUGGUGGCAAACCAUUUCUCCAACUGGGGGGAAGACCUAUCUUCACCAUCAUUGCAACGAAUUGAUCAAGGCCUUCAUCACCAAUCGACUUCGACAAUUAUCCCUUCUGUUGCACCUCCACUACUGACGUUGAAUCAAUCUUUGCCGCAGCAGCAACAGCAACAAGGCUCUCAUCAUACUCUACCAGCUCCAGCAACGACAGCAACAACGACAACGACAACAUCAACGGCAGAAGCAACAGCAGCGGUAGUUACCAGCAGCAGCAGAGAAAAGAAAGAGGAGGAGAUCAAACGACAGAAGCAACAGAAGCGAGACGAGGAAGGACUCCACCUCCUCACCUUACUCCUGCAAUGUGCUGAGGCUGUAUCAGCAGAUGAUUUAGAACGGGCGAACAGAAUGUUGCUAGAGAUAUCUGAGCUGUCAACGCCGUUUGGGUCGUCGGCACAGCGGGUGGCGGCCUACUUCUCGGAGGCGAUGUCAGCCAGGCUGGUGAGCUCUUGCCUGGGGAUAUACGCCCCAUUGCCGUUAACUUAUGCACCGAUGCUCAGCCAGAAGAUAGUAUCAGCCUUCCAGGUGUUCAACGGCAUCAGCCCUUUCGUGAAAUUCUCACAUUUCACGGCGAACCAAGUCAUACAGGAAGCGUUUGAAAGGGAGGCGAGGGUACAUAUCAUUGACCUGGACAUCAUGCAAGGCCUCCAGUGGCCUGGUCUCUUCCACAUCUUGGCCUCCAGGCCCGGUGGUCCCCCCUUUGUACGCCUCACGGGACUCGGAACUUCCAUGGAAGCUCUCAAAGCCACGGGGAAGCGAUUGUCGGACUUCGCCGAAACCCUGGGGCUUCCCUUCGAGUUCUUUCCCGUGGCAGAGAAGGCUGGGAAUUUGGACCCGGAAAGGCUGAACGUGAGCAAAAGGGAGGCCGUCGCUGUUCACUGGUUGCACCACUCCCUCUACGACGUCAACGGUUCCGACGCCAAUACGCUAUGGCUUCUGCAGAGGUUAGCGCCCAAGGUGGUAACAAUGGUGGAGCAAGAUUUGAGGCACGAGGGAUCAUUCUUGGGGAGAUUCGUAGAGGCGAUACAUUAUUACUCGGCACUCUUCGACUCACUUGGGGCAAGCUAUGGAGAAGACAGCGAGGAGAGACACAUUGUGGAGCAGCAGUUGUUGUCAAGGGAAAUACGGAACGUAUUGGCUGUUGGAGGACCGGCAAGAAGUGGGGAGGUGAAGUUUCAUAACUGGAGAGAGAAGAUGAAGCAAACGGGGUUCAGGGAAGUAUCAUUGGCAGGGAAUGCAGCUACCCAAGCUACACUGUUACUGGGAAUGUUCCCUUGUGAUGGUUACACACUCAUUGAGGACAAUGGUACACUCAAGCUAGGGUGGAAGGAUCUCUGUUUGCUCACCGCUUCUGCUUGGAAACCCAUUCACCAUCAUCAUCUUCAUCAUCUUCAUCAUCAUCCUCACUCUCUCCUUACCCACCACCGCUAG